CAAGAAGAAUUACACUUGGUGCUUCUGAAAGACUUCUGAACGAACUUGCUGUAGAAGAUCCGAAAAGUUUCUUAAACUUUUUACGCAUGAAUGAGGAAAUGUUUAAUACGUUACUAAAUAAAGUUUGUAGCAAGAUAGAAAAGAAUUAUACUGUUAUGCGAGAACCUAUAUCAGCAAAACUAAAACUUCAAAUAGCUUGUCGAUACCUUGCCACUGGCGACUCAUUGGGAUCAUUGCAAUACCUUUAUCGAGUGCCAAAGUGUACUAUAAGCCAGUUUUUACCAUAUGUUUUUGAUGCCAUAUACGAAGUAUUAAAAGAAUAUGUUAUGAUACCAAAAACUGAAAACGACUGGAAAAAAAUUAUAAAUGGGUUUGAAACUUGUUGGAAUUUUCCGCAGUGCAUAGGAGCAAUUGAUGGAAAACAUGUUUUAAUUCAGUGCCCUCCUAAUUCCGGUUCUCAGUACUUUAACUACAAAAGAACCUUUAGUAUUGUACUACUGGCCCUGGUGGAUCAUAAUUAUAAUUUUAUUUUUAUUGAUAUUGGGAGUUAUGGCAGCAUUUCCGAUGGUUCAAUAUUUGCUAAAUCCUCUCUUCAUCAAGCGCUUGAAAGAAACAUAUUGAACCAACCAGACGGUUCCGUUAUAUUAGGAGACGAAGCAUUUCCACUUAAGCCAUAUUUGAUGAAACCCUAUCCUCGACGAAAUCAAUUAAGUAUUGCCCAGAAAGUAUUUAAUUAUAGACAAUGUAGAGCCAGACGUGUAGUAGAAAAUGCGUUUGGCAUAAUGUCUUCGCGUUUUCGUAUAUUCAGAUCUCCAAUAUUACUUGCUCCUACCACAGUAGUAAAAUUAAUAAAAGCUACAUGUGCCUUGCACAACUGGAUAAGAAAAGUGGGAAAUGAAGUAACAGUAACAGCUGAUAUUGAAGAUCACGUGACAGGGCGAAUAAUUCCUGGAAAUUGGCGCAAUGUUCCUAGACAAAAUGGUCUGGCUGAUGUAAGAGCAGCUUUGCAGCGAAAUUAUUUGCCAGAAGCUCGACAAAAAAGAGAAGACUUAACUAACUAUUUUACAGGGCCAGGAGCACUCGAUUGGCAAUACAAAAUGAUAGAGUAGUAAUUGCGAAGAUUCAUCCAAAUAAUGAAUUAUCAUAAAUUUCUUCUAAUAUUUUAUAAUUUAGGAUAUGUCAAAAAAUAUAUAAGUAAUAUAAUUUGAUCA